AUGUUUAAUGCCCAUCGUGGUCAUGUACCGGGCGCGGCCCCGAAUCGUUUCAACGAAAUCAUCGACCAACUGCGCGCCGAGUUUGAUGCUCAGAUCCAAAGAGGUGCUGAAUCUGAUCAUAAGGUGAACAGCCAGAUGCAAGAAAUGGAGAUGAUUCAGAGAGCAGUUUUCAACCUAGAAAGUAACUACUCGCAAAUGAAGAAACAAUAUGAAGAGCAAAUUGCCAAUUUGACUCGUGAGCUUGAGAAAUAUACUGGCCAAGCUCCCCAUCCUGGACAGGGUCAAAGCGCUGGCCCAUCGACUGCGCAGCCAGUGCCACCUGUGCUGCAUCAAGGACGAGGUGGUCUCUUCGGUGACAUUAUGUCUGGUACUACGCAAGUUGGUGGCCCUAACAUGACGUUGGCAGAUCCAUCCGCCCAUCAGCAGCCGUCGCAACAGCAGCCCGGCGGACCAUCCCAGUCUGGGAGUCAUCCGCCUCCCGGGCCACAUAAUCAUCCCAUUCAUGCACCACAACCAAUCUCAACUCCUCAAGUUGGACCACAACCGCCCGCACAACCACCCCAACAACCGCCGAGCAAUUAUCCUCCUGCUCAGCCAUCGAGCUUUGGACAAAAUGGGUUUUCCGGGCCUAGUACUCAGCCACAACCACAACCGCCUGCCCCUCCAGCACAGUCCCUCACUCCAAGACCUAAUAAGGACCUAGAUAUUUCCCGGAUUCCACAGACACAUAAGAAGGAAGGAGCGGAUUGGUUUGCUUAUUUUAACCCUCGUGUGCCUCGUGUGCUCGAUGUCGACCUCGUCCACACCCUAGAACAUAACAGCGUUGUCUGUUGUGUUAGGUUCAGCCACGACGGCAAAUACCUCGCCACCGGUUGCAACAGAAGCGCCCAAAUCUUUGAUGUUCAGACUGGCCAUAGGGUGACUCUACUCCAAGACGAAACUGUUGACCGGGGUGGUGAUCUAUACAUCCGAAGCGUUUGUUUCAGUCCUGAUGGAUAUUAUCUCGCCACCGGAGCUGAAGACAGACAAAUUAGAGUCUGGGAUAUCAAAAAUAAGAGAAUCAAGCACAACUUCCGCGGCCACGAGCAAGAUAUCUACAGCUUGGAUUUCUCCAAGAAUGGCAGAUAUAUUGCGUCCGGCAGUGGAGACAAGACAGUUAGGAUUUGGGAUAUGGAAAACCCUGAUCGGGCCCCUCUCGCUUUCACCAUAGAAGACGGCGUCACUACCGUCGCCAUAUCACCGGAUAGCAGAUUUGUUGCUGCUGGUAGUCUUGAUAAGUGCAUUCGUAUCUGGGAAAUUGCCACCGGUAAAUUUGUCGAGAGACUCGAGGGAUCCGAUAGACCCCCACAGCCCGAAGGACCAGAUGUCGUUCCAGAACCUGAACCACCACAUGAUCAUAACGAGGGUCAUCGAGACAGUGUUUACAGCGUUGCUUUCACUGCAAACGGCACUGGUCUUAUCUCCGGAUCUCUGGAUAAGACCGUCAAGAUGUGGACACUUUCAUCGGCGAGCUCUCAGGGCGUUGGUCAGAAAUUGGAGCCCCGCGUUAAGACAUUUGAGGGCCACGAGGAUUUCGUUCUAAGUGUCGCUCAAACUCCAGAUGCAUAUGGACCAUGGGUCAUGUCGGGUUCGAAGGACCGGAGAGUGCAAUUCUGGGACCCUAGAACAAAUCAAACUCAGCUUAUGCUUCAAGGACAUAAAAAUUCAGUUAUCUCCGUUGCCCCCAGCCCUGCUGGAAAGUUGUUUGCGACCGGUAGCGGCGAUUAUAAAGCCAGAAUCUGGAGCUACGAUAGGGUAUAA